AUGAAAUCUAUAAAAUACGAUUUUAAAAGCAUUGAAGAAUUUUACCAAGGUAAGUGGAAUUUUUCUGUAAGUCAAAGUAGUAAUAAAAAGAAGUGUUAUGUUUUAGAGAUGUUUCCAUACCCAUCUGGUAAAAUUCAUAUGGGUCAUUUACGUAAUUAUGCUAUAGGCGAUGUAAUAGCACGCUACAAAAUGGCUAGUGGAUUUGAUGUUUUACACCCUAUAGGUUGGGAUGCGUUUGGAUUACCUGCUGAAAAUGCUGCAAGGGAUAAUAAUGUCAACCCAGCAAUAUGGACAAGAGAUAAUGUAGAUAGCAUGCGCACGCAGUUAAAAUCUAUAGGCCUUUCAUACAAUUGGGAUCGCGAACUUUCCACUUGUGAAGCCGAGUAUUACACACAUGAGCAAAAAUUUUUCCUGGACUUCUUAAAGCACGGUAUUGCCUAUAGGAAAGAAUCUUGGGUCAAUUGGGAUCCGGUAGAUCAAACAGUACUUGCAAAUGAACAAGUUAUUGAUGGGAAAGGAUGGAGAUCCGGUGCGAUAGUUGAAAAACGCAAAUUAUCUCAGUGGUUCCUCAAGAUCAGUGAUUUUGCUGAUGACUUACUGGAGUGCCUGCAGAGUUUAAAAAAUUGGCCGGAAAAAGUAAAAAUAAUGCAAGAACGCUGGAUAGGGAAAUCGGAAGGUGUCACUAUAGAAUUUGAUGUGAUUGGUCUAGACAAAAAAUUAAGA